AUGGCAUGGCCGUGGCUGUCCUGCCUCCUGCUUCUUACCCUUGUGGUGUCUGUGACAGCCAACACGGCCCCAGUGUUCUUAAAAAACAUGUCAAGAGUGAAUUUGCCCGAGGACUUACCAGUGGGUGCCGAGGCCUUCUGGUUGGUCGCGCAGGACCAGGACAAUGAUACAUUGACCUAUGCGAUUAGUGGCCCAGAUGCCUCCGUCUUCUCUGUCACCCCGACCACCGGGGAAGUGAAGCUGGCUCACCCUCUGGACUAUGAGACCGCCUACUUACUCCAAAUCAUCAUCUCCGUGACCGACCCUCACCUGCAGGUGCAGAAGACAAUGCAGGUGAUUGUAGAAGAUAGAAACGACAAUGCUCCCGUUUUCCAGAAUACUGGCUUCUCCACCAGCAUCAAUGAGACCCUGCCAGUCGGCUCCCUGGUAUUCUCUGUGCUGGCCACGGACCCAGACACGGGGUUAGCAGGAGUGGUGGUGUACUCCAUAGAGAAGGUCAUCCCUAGCACUGAGGAGAACCAGCACCUCUUCAAGAUCUUACCCAAUGGCUCCAUCAUCCUCAAUGGCAGCCUCAGCUACAACAACAAGAGUGCCUUCUAUCAGCUGGAGCUGAAGGCCUCUGACUCAGGUGGCUUAUACAACAACACCUUCAUCAUCCGCAACUCCUCACAUGUCUUCCUGUCCAUCUCUGUGGUCGAUGAGCCAGACCUGGACCCCCAGUUUGUCAGGGAGAUUUACUCGGCCUCUGUGGCUGAGGAUGCACCCCAGGGAGAAUCGGUGCUGAAGGUAGAGGCUGUGGAUAGUGACAAAGGCAUUAAUGACCUGGUGACCUACAGCAUUUCCAACUCCACAAUGCCCGGCUGGUUUGACAUCGGGCCGGAUGGGGUGAUCAGGGUCACCGGUUCCCUGGACCGUGAGCAGCUGCUGGAGGAGGAUGAGGAGGUGAAGGUGCAGGUCACGGCCACCGAGAUGCACCCCAACAUCUAUGGACAAAAUGCCAAGGUGAGCACAUGGGUCACGCUGAUGGUGACAGAUGUCAAUGACCACAAACCUGAGUUCUACAACUGCAGCCUCCCGGCCUGCACCUUCUCCCCCCAAGAGGCCCAAGUCAACUUCACCGGCUACGUGGAUGAACAUGCCUCCACCCGCAUCCCUAUCGACAGCCUCACCAUGGUGGUCUACGACCCAGACAAGGGCAGCAAUGGCACCUUCCUGCUAUCUGUGGGUGGACCUGAUGCUGAGGCCUUCAGCGUCUCCCCGGAUCGGGCAGCAGGCUCCACGGACGUGCAGGUGUUGGUGAGAGCUCCCGCGCUGGUGGACUAUGAGAAUAAGACAGUGAUGCUGGUGCAGGUCGUGGCUACUGACUCAGUCAGUGGGAACGCCUCCGUCGCCCUGGUGACCAUCCACCUUAGAGACAUUAAUGACCACCGGCCCACAUUCCCCUACAGCUUUUACAACCUCAGUAUCUGGGAGCACAGUGCAGAUGGCACUGUGGUCACCGACAACAUCCAUGCCUUUGACCCUGACACAGGAGAGGGGGGCCGCAUCACCUACAGCCUGCUUCCAGGGAAUGGGGCAGACAUCUUUGAGGUGGACCAGAGCUCAGGCACAGUGACAGUGAGGAACGGUGAGGUGUUGGACCGAGAGAAGCAGGCCGAGUACUACCUGACGUUGCAGGCCACAGACGGUGGGAACUUGGCAGCCUCCACUACGCUGCACAUUGUCCUGCUGGACAUCAACGACAACAAGCCUGUGGUCAGCGGCUCCUACAACAUCUUUGUCCAGGAGGAGGAGGGCGACGUCUUUGUGACCAUCCAGGCUCGGGACGAUGACCAGCCCGACAACAAAAACAGCCGUCUGCAUUUCAGCCUGCUGCCCGGCACCUACAGCCAUAACUUCUCGGUAGACCCCGAUAAAGGGAUCCUCAGAAACCUGGGGCCCCUGGACCGAGAGGCCAUUGAACCUGCCCUGGGGGGCCAAAUCGUGCUGACCGUGCUUGUGUCUGACUGCGGCGAGCCGGUCCUCAGCACCGAAGUCAACGUUACCAUCAAUGUGGAGGACAUUAAUGACAACCUGCCCAUCUUCAACCAGUCCGUUUACUCCUUCUCAGUGAAGGAGAGGGACCAAGGCAAGCUGGUGGGUGUGGUGACUGCCUGGGAUGCGGAUCAGACGGAAGCUAACAACCGCAUCAGCUUCAUCCUGUCGGGGAGCGGCGCCAACACCUUCGUACUGCGUGGCUUGGUUCUGGGGUCUGGGUGGGCUCAGGGCCGCCUCUGGCUGCCCUCAGAUGUGAGCCUGGACUAUGAGACACAGGCUUCCUACAAUCUGACUGUGAGUGCUGAGAACCCAGACCCCCAGGGGAGAGAGGCCACAGCAGGAGUUUCUGUGGCCGUGGAGGACGUGAACGAUGAGCCCCCCACUCUGGACUCAACCUCACUCCGGGGCAUCCGGGUCUCUGAGAAUGGCACACAGCAUGGCAUGGUGGCCCAGGUGGUGGCCUGGGACGUGGAUACCUUGUCCCAGCUGGAGAUACAACUUGUGAACGUCGUCUGUACCAAGGCCGGGGUCAACGUGGGCAGCCUGUGCCAUGGCUGGUUCUCCGUGCUGGCCAAUGGCUCAGUGUUCAUCAGUCAGAGUGAGGCCAUUGACUAUGAGUCCUGUGACCUGGUCACGCUGGUUGUGCGGGCCUGGGACAUCACCACAGACCCCCGCUUCCUGGCCCACAGUGACAACGGAAGCCUUGCCAUCACCAUCGAGGACAUGAAUGACAACGCCCCCUAUUUUCUGCCUGAAAGUAAGACUUUCGUUAUCAUCCCAGAACUUGUGGUCCCCAACCAGCAGGUGGCUUCUGUCCAGGCCAGAGACAAUGACUCAGGGAAUAAUGGAGCCAUCCUCUUCUCUAUCCUCCAAGUGGAUUUCAUCGCCAAGGAUGGGGCCACAACCCCUUUCCAGGGCUACUUCCGGGUCACUACCUCUUUAGAGGCAGACAUGUUCAUUGGCAACAUUGAGCUGGUGACCAACCUUGAUUCCACUCUCCAAGGCACCUACCAAGUGACAGUCCUGGCCCAGGACAAACCUUCAGUGGGUCCUGCUCAGGAAGCUAAAAUCACCCUGAAUCUCUUCACUGUGGACCAAAGUUAUCGUGUCAGGUUGCAGUUCUCCAUGAACAAGGAGGAGGUGGGCGCCAACGUGGAGAAGAUUGUCGCUGUUCUCGCUCAGACCACCAGGACUACUGUCUAUGUUGUGAGCAUUCAGGACAUGGAAUCCACAGCUCGGGCCCGGGGCCGUUCCUACCUUGAUGCCUAUUUUGUCUUCUCGAACGGGACAGCCCUGACCCUUGAUGAGCUGAGUGUGAUGAUCCGGAAUGACCAGGACUCACUGAUGCAGCUGCUGCAGCUGGGGCUGGUGGUACUGGGUUCCCAGGAGAGCCAGGAGUCAGACCUGCCAAAGUUGCUCAUCAGUGUCAUCAUAGGAUUGGGAGUGGCUUUGCUGCUGGUCAUCGUGAUCAUGACCACGGCCCUUGUGUGUAUCCGGAAGAGCUACCACCGGAAGCUUCGGGCUGUGAAGGCUGCUAAGGAGGCCCGAAAGACAGCGGCAGGGGUGAUGCCCUUGGCCUCUGCCAUCCCUGGGACGAACAUGUACACCACUGAGCGGGCCAACCCUAUGUUGGACCUCCCCACCAAGGACCUGAACUUCAAUUCCCAAUCCUCCUCCAGUGACCUAGAUCACAUGAGUCUCAAUUCCCUGGAUGACAACUCUGUUGACCUGGAAAAGGACAAGGAGAUAAUCAAGAAGGAAGCCCUACACAGUCUGAUGGAGCUAGAUACAGAGCCACUGGGCAUGGUGCUGUCAGGAAGGAAGGAAGACAGAGGUGGACAGCAGGAGCUGUCCUUCACCAAUGCUGGCCUGGACACCACAGACGUGUGAUGUCCCUGCCACAGGACCCUUGCUGCAGAGCCCCCCACGGUGAUCUACCUCGGAAGAAGUCUUGUCACCCCAA